AUGAAAUAAAAACUCAAGUGCCUAUUUUUUGUGGUGCCUUUUUAUCAAGAAAUAUCCGGGAAAUUGCCUUAAUACCGUGUUAAUUGGAGUGCAGGCAGUGUCCCGAGGGAGUGGCGCACACGUGUGGUGUGAAGGAGUGCCGCUGGAGUCCAGGCAGAGAGCAUGAUUGCGGUGUGGCGGAGGACUUGAGAACGCGAUCGAGGAUUGGAAUAUGGUCGAUAUUCUGAAGAUGCGCCCCUUCCGUCGAAAGAAGUCGAAGAAGCAACUCCCCGUGAAGGUGAUCACGUUCGAUUCCGAGCUGGAAUUCCACCUGGAGCACCGCGCCACGGGGCAGUUCCUGUUUGAGCUGGUGUGCCAGACGAUUGGUCUGCGCGAGACGUGGUACUUUGGGCUGCAGUACGAGGACUCCAAGGGGAAUCUGUCGUGGCUGAAGAUGGACAAGAAGGUGCUGGAUCAGAGCGUGAAUUUGUCCAGCGACGGCGGAUGUGUGUUCAUGUUCUAUGCCAAAUUCUUCCCGGAGAACGUGAACGAGGAGCUGGUGCAGGAGAUCACGCAGCACCUGUUCUUUUUGCAAGUGAAGCAGGGUAUUCUCUCUAUGGACAUCUACUGCCCACCAGAAGCGUCCGUCCUGCUCGCCUCGUACGCCGUUCAAGCGAAGUACGGCGACUUCGAUGAAGAGAACUGCAAACCAGGACUGCUGGCCAGUGAAAAUCUCCUGCCGCAGCGCGUUAUCGAUCAGUAUCAGAUGACACCGCGAAUGUGGGAGGAUCGCAUCAAGAUCUGGUACUCAGACCACAAGGGAAUGUCGAGGGAUGAGGCGGAGAUGGAGUAUCUGAAGAUCGCCCAGGAUCUCGACAUGUACGGCGUGAAUUACUUCCCGAUAACGAACAAGAAGAACACCGAACUCUGGCUCGGCGUCACAGCGAUGGGGUUGAAUAUUUACGAGAAGAACAACAAAUUGCAGCCACGGACGACAUUUCAGUGGUCAGAGAUUCGUCACAUUGGCUUCGAUGACAAGAAAUUCACGAUAAAGCCCGUGGACAAUAAAUCGCCGAACUUCAUCUUCAUCUCGCAGAAGCUGCGCAUAAACAAGCUGAUACUGGACUUGUGCGUGGGGAAUCACGAUCUGUUCAUGAGGCGUCGGAAGCCGGACACGAUGGAGAUUCAGCAGAUGAAGGCGCAGGCCAAGGAGGAGAAGCAGCGGCGGCAGAUUGAGCGCAAUAAGCUGUCCAGGGAGAAGCAAUUGAGAGAACAAGCAGAGCGUGAGAAGGCGAAUCUGGAGCAGCGCCUGAUGCAGCUUCAGGAUGAGAUGCAGAAUGCCAGUGAAGCUCUCAGACGCUCAGAAGAGGCGGCAGAGAUUUAUGCGGAGAAGAGUCGAGUGAAUCAAGAGCAAAUGAUCCUCACGGAGCACAAGGCGCACACCUUCAAGCAGGAGAUGAACCGUCUGAGAGAGACGGCACUCAAAACUGAGAAGGAGAAGGGCGAUCUGGAGAAGAGAAUCAGAGAUACGGAGUUCUUUGUGGCCAAACUCACGGAGGAGAAGGAGAAACGCUCUGCAGAGGCGGACAAGCUGAAGAAGGAACUCAUGUACGCGCGAGCAGCCGAAAGGGAUGCGACGCAGAAGCUUCUAUCAUUCCUCAGUCGCUCAGUCAGCCAGAGCUCGCCGUCCGUCGAGCCCUCGAUUAGCGGCAGCGACGUGACGGAGUCGCAGAUCCUGGACGUCGAGCUGUGCCACUAUGACGUGAUCGCGGGCGGCGACAUGGAGGAGAUCGACCGAGAGAUUGAGAAGGAGAGGGUUGAGUGCCUCGAGAAGUCGAAGCAAGUGCAGCAUCAGCUGCGGGAGUUGCGCACGGAGAUCGAGCUGCUGAAGAUCCAAGAGAAUCAGUGCGUGCUGGACAUCAUAAAUGCUGAACAGCUGCGCCAGGGCGAAACCAAGUACUCAACGCUGAAGAAGCUCAAGUCCGGCUCCACGAAGUCACGCGUGGCGUUCUUCGAGGAGCUGUGAGUGGCUGAGAAGAUGCUCUCUCUGGUGCGAUCAUGUGCCUUGUCCAUAUAUUUCAUUUUGUACAUUCUCUACAAAAUAACUGCAAGAGAUAUUUUGACUAACUGCAAGUCUUCGAUACUAGAGCUAAAUUAUUUUUGUAUACUCCUCUCAUUUGUCCCGCGAAACCCCAUUCAUGGUAUAAUAAUUUUCCAUCGCGAC